AUGAUAAUCACUGUUGAUCUUAACCUCAAUCUCCAGGCUGAGCUGGUGUUUGCCAAGUUUGUCCACUGUUCCUGGGGAAAGAUAGUUGCACCUGAGAAACUUCAUGAAGUGGCCUGGCAGACACUCUCCGUGCAAUGCCAGUACUGUCCCAAGAGAGUGCCCUGCAAGAAGAAAACCUGGUGUCUGCAGACAUCUCCAAAUGACUGUACCAGAUUAGUCACCAGCUCCAGGCCCCAAUGGCUCCUUAACUCUUGACUCACGAUCUGGGAUGCACCAGAUGUUGGCUUCUUCAUCAUCACCAUUACUCAGCUGAGGGAGGAGGACUCAGGGCCUUACUGGUGUGGAAGCUGCAACUCUUCCAGCAACUUGGUCACUAUUCUCAGAAACAUCGGCCUAGUGGUGUCUCUAGCCAUUGUUUUCUUUGUGUCCUCCUCGGGUCUGAUCACUUUGCCAGAGGGGACCUCUGGCUCACCUUCCCUCAAAGGCUCUGAGCGCAGGAAGCACACCUAUUUGUACCAGUUUCCAGGAGGGAAUCCAGAAAGCCUCCGGCUCACAGAGUCUUCUGACCCUGUGAACCCUCCCAGGGCUGGGGGCCCAGACUGGGUGGAGCAGCUGCACCUGCCUGAAGUUUCGAGGAAGAGGGCAGAAACAGCAGCCGGCACCGCCCUCUCGUAG